UUUUUAUGAAAUUUAAAUGAAAAACUAUGAAAUCUUAUCGUGUUAUCAUUUAUAUUAGUUUAAUUUGUUUGUUCUGUUAUUAUAAAACGUUUGAAGGAAGUUUUGUAUUUGAUGAUAUAGAAGCUGUGGUUAAAAAUAAAGAUAUUUUAUCCGAAACACCGCUUAAAAACUUACUAAAAAAUGAUUUUUGGGGUACAUCAAUAUUAAAAAACGAAAGCCACAAGUCUUAUAGACCCAUUACGAUUUUAAGUUAUAGAUUAAACAAUUAUUUAAGCAACGAAAACAAACCCGAUCCGUAUUUUUAUCAUGUGGUUAACGUAAUUUUAUAUACAAUUUUAUGCAUACUAUUUUAUUUUGUAUUUUUGAUGUUCUAUCGAAUUUUUUACGAUGAAGUCAAAUCCAAAUCCAUGGCAAUUCUUACUAGUUUCUUAUAUUGUGUACAUCCGAUACAUGUCGAACCUGUUGCGGCGAUUGUGGGACGAGCUGAUUUAUUAUGUGCAAUUUUUUAUACGAUUACAAUAUUGGUUUUUAAACUCUUUUGUUUGAAUAAUAAUUUUAUGUUAAGAAUAUUUUAUUUUAUUCUUUGUUUAUCAUCGACAAUUUUAUCAAUGUUCAGUAAAGAAACGGGUGUUACAGUAUUAGUCUUUUGUAUAAUUUAUGAUACGUAUACAAAUCGUGAUAUUUUUGAAACGUUAUUUAAACGAAAAUUUAUUAUAACUGAUCGAAGUUUAUCGUUAUAUAUUCGGCUUUUUAUAAUAUCGUUAUCGACUAUUUUAUUAUUAUAUGUUCGGUGGUGGAUAAUGGAUUUUCAAAUACCAAUAUUUCAAAAAAUGGAUAAUCCAGCUUCAUUUAGUCCAUUUUUACUUACAAGGGUUUUAUCGUACAAUUAUAUUUAUGCCUUAAAUUUAAUAUUACUCAUUUGGCCAAAUUGGUUAUGUUUUGAUUGGGCCAUGGGCUGUUUGUCAUUAGUUUCAACUUUUGAUGAUUAUCGAAUUCUUUUAAUUAUUGCAUUUUGGUUCAUUUCAAUUGCCAUUAUAUUAAAAAUAAUCAAAAGAAAACAAAGUGAGCCCCAAAUUUUUAUUUUUCCAAUUAUAUUAAUUGUUAUUCCAUUUAUACCCGCUUCAAAUAUUAUACGUGUUGGAUUUGUAAUUGCUGAACGUACUUUACUAAUUCCAAGUGCAGGAUUUUGUAUGGUAAUUGUUAUAGGAUUUAGUAAGAUUAAAAAAUUGUACCCUCAAAUAGCGUAUUUAACAUUUACUUUAUUAAUAAUCACAUUUAUUUUAAAAGUUCAUAUACGAAAUAAUGAAUGGUUAACAGAACAAAAGUUAUACACAUCAGCAUUAUCUGUUUGUCCUAAUAAUGCAAAAGUACAUUAUAAUAUUGCAAAAAUUGAAGCAGACGAAGGAAAUAUUAAAAAAGCCAUUCGAGAAUAUCGAAUUGCUUUGAGUCUAUAUCCAGAUUACGAUCACGCAAUGAAUAACUUGGCAAAUAUUUUACGAGAUGCGGGUGAAUAUGAUGAAGCUGAAUCAUUAUUAAAGCGUGCUUUAGAAUUGCGAUCAGAUUUUGCAGCGGCGUGGAUGAAUUUAGGUAUUGUUCAAAUGAACAAAAAUCAACAGAAACAAGCUGAAGUUAGUUUUAUGAAUGCUUUAAAAUAUAGGCCGAAAUAUGCAGAUUGCUACUAUAAUCUUGGAAAUUUGUAUCUUAAUUUGAACCGGCAUUCAGAAGCAUUGAACGCGUGGAGAACAGCAAUACAGUUAAAACCAUUACAUAAAGUUGCCUGGAAUAAUUUAUUGAUAUUACUGGAUUCAUUAGGACGAACAGAAGAAUCUAUUUUAACUGGAUAUCAGGCAUUAAAAUUAUUACCUAAUGAGCCAUCAGUGCAUUUUAAUGUCGGUAAUAGUUUAGGCAAGGCACAACGUUGGAGUGAUGCGGAACAUCAUUUUCAAAUGGCAAUCCAAUUGAAUCCAAAUAAUGCCUUAUAUUAUUCCAAUUUAGGUGUGCUUUACCAUCGAUGGAAUAAAUUCGAAGAAGCUGCAAAUUAUUACAAAAUCGCUCUACGAUUGGAUCCAAAUUUAAAAAGUGCUCGUGAU